CUCGCGCGCGUGUGUGUAUGUAAUAUUUACGUUGUGCACGCUAUAUGGAGUGCAUGCACGUACAGUACACGACCCUCCUUCGUUUUUCGCGACGGCGUCGUGUGUAAUAUUACGUGCUGCUGCUGCUGCUGCUGCUCGUGUGCGUUUUCCCCUCCUCAGCUUCGGUGUACAUAUAUACGUUUCCCCUCCCGCAAAAAAAAAAAACACCUUCGCAACUUUUUCGCUCGCAGAGUCUCGAGCUUGUCUCUCUCUCUCUCUGUCUCUGUCUCGUUGGAAAAACGCGGCAUGCGAUAUUCCCUUCUAGCAGCAGCACGUCGUGCAUAUGAUUCGCGAAUAUUAUAUUAUUCGAGUCGUCUCCUCGCCGCUUCGUGCGGCAACUCCGAGCACACCUGGGCCUGUAUAUAAACGUACUCUCGGCAUCAUCGGCUCUGGUGCGGCUCUACGCGAGGCAUGCACCGCUGCUGGCUGCCGAAUCACUUUCACUUAUGUGCCUGUGCCGCCGUCGUCGUUUUUCGCUCGCAGAUUCGCCGCCGUGGCUGACUUCCCUCCCUCCUGCGCUCCCUCUCUCUUUUUGUGUUCUCUUACUCCACGCGAUUUUCCAUAUAUAUUAUGCGAGAGGGCAAAAAGCAUUAGCGACUCUCGAUUUUUAGUACUGCGGGGCCCGUACUUCUAUUACGAUUCGACACACUUAUAACGAUCUAUCGUAGCUUAUAGUAGCUAGUGUAUAGCGUUAAAGCUCUCGAGUUGCGAAAAACGAGAGCGAAAAGGAGGAGCAGAUAAGGACGGAAGGAAGUUGCCGCCGCUGCUGCUGCGCGCGAAUCGAGCGAGUGAGAGAGAGAGAGAGAGAGAAACACAGUGUAUAGAAGCCGCGACGACGAAAAAGGAGAAGGGGAGCGCGCACACGAAAAGUGAAGCCGAGAGUGAGCGGAGAGAGACAGAGAGACCGAGAGAGGGAGGCGUUCGCCCGAAGCGCCGCCAACAGCCCUUCGGGAAACACAACCAACCAACCAACACACUGACACACAUACACGUACGCGCGAACACAUGCACGCGGAGCAGCAGAGAGCGAGCGAGCCGAGGAGUGCAAAUUAUAUAGUCGGUCGCUCGGUCAGUGUGAUACGAAGCUUCGACGCGCCGAGACACGCGCGCGGCGUGGGCUUUUUAUCGCUGUCGGGAAUCUCUAUCUCUCUCGUUCGACGCGCCGAUUCUCUUCCUACGCGCCUCGUUUCAAUUCGUAUGACACGCUCGAUGUUGCGCGGAUUUCAAUAAAAUUUGCAAAAAUGAUCGAGCUUUGAGCCAGAGCCGCGAGAAUCCGAGCAAAGCGACGACGAACAAACAUCGAAAGUAUCAAAGUAGUGGUUAAAAUUCGUGCGCGCGCGCGUUCGCCCGCGUACGAAAUAAAAAAAUUAAAUAAAAAAUAAAAAAAAUAAAGUUACGUACAUUCGUGUGUGUGUGUGUACCUCGGCUAGCUCUCCUCGACUCCUCUACUUAAAGCAUUGAUCCGUGCGCGAUAUAGUAGCAGUGUAGUCGGUCGGUAGCUCAGCUCGAAAGAAAGAAAAAAAAAUAAUAAUAAAAAAGUGCUAGAGCCCGACUCUAAAAACCAGUGACAGCGCGCGCGCGCGCCCCGCCAAGAGAGCAAGCAGCAAGCAGCUCCGUAUUAUCAUACGAUAUCGUAAUAGCCGUGUGUAUAACCAGUGGUGUUUUACUUGUUUGUUUUUGUGAUUAUAAUGAUGCCUCGCGAGUGUGCACAGAAGUAAUAGAAAAGAAAAAGAAAGAAUUCAUCGACCCAAGACACGUACAAUAUACACGUAGUAGGCCCAGCGAGAAACGACGAGACACGGUUGAAAAAUUGCAAAACAGAAAAAUUAGUAUAAUACACAGUGGGUGCGACUCGAGUAAAAUCGAUCAAACUUCGAAUAUGCUUCGGACGCCGGUGUAUCUAUUGUGCGAUCGAAUCCUGCGCCUCUGGAUUUACAAGUUCUGAUGAAAAAAAAAGUGUGUUUUUGUUCUAAAAUUGAAUUAAUCAAAAAAAAAUUAAGUGGGUGCCGUUUCGAAAAAAAAGUGAGAAUAAACCUCGCACGAGAGGCUAUUUCUCAAUAUCUCUGUGUGUCGUUUGUCGCGCGUGACUAUAUAAUACAGUCUCUGACGUAAAAAAAAAGAAAAAUUUUGUUAGUGGACUGUGUCUCUCUCUCUCUCUCAGUGUGUCUCUGUGUGCAAAAGCUCGACUCUCUCUCUAUCACUCUCUAUCGCUCUUCCAACUCUCUCUCUAUACGUCAGUGUUGUUCGACCAAAAUCCCGAGCGUGUCAGUGCUGUUGUGUGUGUGUGUUUACGCGCAUGCUGCCAGCUAUAAGCGUGGCUCGUUGCCGCGUGCUGCUGCCGACCCGCAAAAACAACAACAACAACGACGAUCGCAGCUAGCUGCUAGCUACUAGUAGUAUCUCGGAAGCCACCCCGCUAGCAGGCGGCUGCUAUGUUAUUAGAGAUGGAGCAGCACUCGGGCCUCAUGUCCCUCAAUAUGUCUCCGUUCCAAAUGAGCCCCCAGAACAGUCCUCAGGGCGGCGCGGGCAACAACGCGCCCGGUCAGUCCCAACAGCAGCAGCAACAGCAGCAACAGCAACAGUCCCAGACCCAUCAGCAGUACGGCUCGUCGUCGUACUGCGCCCAGAGUCCCACCGGUAGUUUCGGCCAGCCGCGUAGCGCUCAGAUGGGCUCGCAGCACAACGGCCAACAACAGCAGGCCCAAAGCGCCCAAAGCCCCAUGACGAGCUUCGAGUCGGCCUUUUACGAGUCGACCAGCCUCGAGGAGCGCUGCCCCAUGUGCGGCGACAAAAUGUCCGGCACCUAUCCCUAUCACGUCCUCACUUGUAAUACCUGUAAAAACUACUUUAAGCAAUCCACGACGCCGUGCAACUCUAAAAAGGUCUACACAGUUAUGUACUCGCCCACAGGUCCCGGCGGUGGCGGUGGCGGCAACGCGGCCGGGGGUGGCGGCGGAAAUUCCAACGCCGCCACGUCGCUCGGCAGCCUCGUCGACGGCCAAUCCUCGGCUUCCACCAGCUAUAUGACGGCCUCGCCCAGUCACACUGGCGCUGGCAACAACAACAACAGCAGCAGCAACAAUAACAAUAACAGUAGCAACAGCAACGGACACUCGACGAAUCCCAGUCAACAGCAGCUGCACCAGCAGCAUCACGGCACGAGCAGCAACAGCAGUAAUAACAGUAGUCCGACCACCAAUAGCACGACGAACAAUAACAAUAACAACAGUAGCAGCAACAAUAAUAAUAACAACGGCAGCGCGUCGGUGCUCGCCGCGGGCCUGUGCCAUCCCUCGCUGAGCGUGAGCGCGGCCGCGGCUGGCCUCGGCGUGAGCGUCGUCGCGGCGGGCUCCUCCGCGGACUUCAGCGACACGAAGGACAGCAUCGAGGAGCUCUGCCCCGUGUGCGGCGACAAGGUGUCGGGCUAUCAUUACGGCCUGCUCACGUGCGAGUCGUGCAAGGGCUUCUUCAAGCGCACCGUGCAAAACAAGAAGGUGUACACCUGCGUGGCCGAGCGCACCUGCCACAUCGACAAGACCCAGCGCAAGCGGUGUCCCUACUGCCGCUUCCAGAAGUGCCUCGAGGUCGGCAUGAAGCUCGAGGCCGUGCGAGCCGACAGGAUGCGAGGAGGUAGAAACAAAUUCGGCCCGAUGUACAAGCGCGACCGGGCGCGCAAGCUGCAGAUGAUACGCCAGCGCCAGCUCGCCCUGCAGACGCUGGGCCGCGUCGACACCGCGAGCUACCCGAACACCGUGGCGCCACUGUUCCACAUCAAGCAGGAGAUCCAGAUACCGCAGGUGUCGUCGCUCACGUCGUCGCCGGACUCGUCGCCGUCGCCGGCGGCGGUGGCGGCGGGCCUCGUGGGCGGCAACGGCAACGGCAACAAUCCCGCGGGCAGCGGCGGCGUCUCGGGGGUCGGUAUCGCUCAUCAUCAUCGUCACACUACUACCACUGCUACCACCCGGAGCCCUCCCACUAGUAGUAGUAGUAUAAUGGCUCGUGCUCAGCGCGGCCAGCCCGCGACGACCACCACCCCCACCUGCGAUCCGCAUUAUUACCGUGGUAGCGACGAUAAUCAUAGUAGCAGUAGCUCAGGAAAGCCUUUGUUAUUGACGUUACAGAGCGGCCAGCACGGCCUGAUCGCGCCCUCGACGCAGGCCAUGUCGUCGGCCGGCUCGGCGGGCGGCGGCAUGCACCACCUCAACGGGGCCGGCUCGGCGGCGGGCCUCGACAAGCACUGGGCCGCCAACUCCACGACGUCCUCGUCGCCCAAGGGCUUCGCCACGGGGGCCGGCAACAACGGGGCCUUUAGCGGGGGAGCCGACCAGCAGCAGCAACAGCACGGGGGUGCCGGCUCCCAGCAACAGCAACAGCAGCAGUCCCAGUCUCAGCAGCAGCAGCAGACGCACGGUGGCAUGCACCCGUCGGUGGCGCAGCAUCACCAGGGCGCCGGCGUCCAGACGGUGAGCGGCCAUCCACAGGCCGGCGGUACGGCCAAAUCUAGUCCGCUGAUACGCGACUUCGUGCAGACGGUCGACGACAACGAGUGGCAGACGGCCCUGUUCUCGCUGCUGCAGAGCCAGACCUACAAUCAGUGCGAGGUCGACCUGUUCGAGCUCAUGUGCAAGGUGCUGGACCAGAACCUCUUCUCGCAGGUCGACUGGGCUCGCAAUUCCUGUUUCUUCAAAGAUCUCAAGGUCGACGAUCAAAUGAAGCUGCUACAGCACUCGUGGUCGGACAUGCUCGUGCUGGAUCACCUGCACCAGAGGAUGCACAACAGCCUGCCCGACGAGAUAACGCUCACCAAUGGCCAAAAGUUCGACCUACUGUGUCUCGGCCUACUGGGGGUGCCGUCGCUCGCGGAUCUCUUCCACGGUCUAUCCUCGACGUUGCAAGAGCUCAAGUUCGACUUUCACGAUUACAUAUGCAUGAAAUUCCUCAUGCUUCUCAACCACGAUGUUCGUGGAUUAGCCAACAGAAAGCACGUUCAGGAAGGACACGAGCAGGUUCAACGAGCGCUGCUGGAUUACACGUUGACAACCUACCCGACCGUACCUGACAAAUUCAACAAACUGAUGUCAGUAUUACCGGAGAUUCACGUGGUCGCGGCUAGGGGCGAGGAGCAUCUCUAUCAAAAGCACUGCAACGGUGGCGCGCCCACGCAAACCUUACUCAUGGAAAUGCUGCACGCCAAACGAAAAUGAAGAAAAACGAAGCAGAGACAUCGAGAACUCGAACGUCAGAUUAUCGUGAUUAUAAGUUGUCGUAUCGCCGACGCCGUGUUCUGGCACGGGGCGAACCAUUGCAGCUGUGAUUUUGUUGCGCCCAUGGACCGUCGCAUCGUCCAAGCAGCUAAUCGCGUUACGGUACGCGCAAGGGAUUGACACCCGUUGCGUCGAUGAUGAAAAAAGCAAACGUUUCGUGACCAACGUUGUGUGCUCACGAGGCGAAGGGUUGACCGCCCGCUGCUUACCGUACAGUGAUGAUGAUCUCGUUGAAGCGCUGCACCGCCGCGCGUCGUAUUGGCAUACAAUUGGAAAGCCGAUCGUGCUUCGGUUCGGGCCAACGGAUGGGCAGAAGAUUGUUUUGUGAAUUGUAGGGAAUUUGGCGCCUUGCUUCUUGGGUUAUUUGCUCUGCUCUAUGAUCGAGAAAGAGACGAAAUAAUCAAGACGUCGGGACUGUAAAAAUGUGUGGUCGAAAAGGAAAGGAAAAGUUACGAUUUUCGAUAAUCAAAUUAUGAACGUUAUUGAAAGUUCAGAGUUAUUUGAAAAGUUCUAAUGAAAGCGGUUAUAUACGUAACUUACGUAUACAUAUAUUAAUUAAACUAUAUAUUGUACAUUUAUCACAUUUAAUGUAAUGAUUAUGAAAAAGAAAGCAUAGCGUCUAUAUAUAAAUAUAUAUAUUUUCUAUAAUUGAUGUUGAACUUUUAAAUCCGCGGGCAUGAGCAAACAAAAGUUUCAAUUGUGUUUAAUGCUACUAAGUCUGCGUGGCUUCAUAAGUCUUACGAUUCUAGUUUUAAGAGAAAAGCAAAAAUGUUUAAUUAUAAUUAAAAAAUGUGCCAGAGUUGAACUCGACACUGGUGAAAGCAGAACUUACAAGUUCUUAGUGUUGGAAGAAAAAAGUGGCAUGCCUUGAAAACAGUACAAAGGGUGGUUAUUAUAGACAAUUAUUGGUCAAAGGGCUGGCAACUUUUGUCUAAAAUAAGUGAAGCUAUUUUUCUAAUACUUAGGAAAUGCAAAAAUGUAUCUUUAAGCGUACACCACUGAAGCCUUGCUCUCACUUAAAACAACAAAAUAUCCUAUUGUGUGUUCAGAGUUGCACAUAAACUUGCACACGUUUGAAAAAAAAAAUUAGGACACAUGCAAAUAAACCACGACAAAUCGUGCUUUUACCAGGGAUUAAAUGGGCAUACUUUGUGAGCAACAGAUUUAAACAAAGGAAAAUAAUGUGAUAUAUGUAUAAACAACACAUAUUUAUUAAUAAUUUUAAUUGCUGAGUUCUAUACCCCGUGUAUUGGUAUUAAAAACAGUACAUAAAUGCAAAUUAUGUUAUUGCAAAAAACUUGCCGCUAGUGGCCACGUGGGCAUCAUUUCAAGUUCAUUUUAUAAACCAUUCUUCCUACACGUAAAACGAUUAUAAAAUAACGAUUUUAGAAAUCUGCAUUUUUAACACGCUUGCACUCAGCAGAGCUACAUUAUUAAUGGCAAAAAAUGUAAAUACUAGUUAACACAUUCCAAUUUACGUUGUAUAGUUAAUAAUGUCUCAUAUUAAAUGUAUAAUUCAAAACUAUUUUUUGUAUAGUUUUACUUGAAAUAUGUCAUAAAUAUACUGAUAUUAUUUAAACACUAAAUUGAACAAUUUAAUUAGCUACUUAAUUUGCGUCUCAAUCUAUCUCCUGACAUUUGUGUAUUAUUCAUUUUUGCUCUUUGUUUUUAAUAUCCGUUCCAUUAAAUUUGUUCAAACUUAGGUGACGGUAAAACAGUGCAUGGAGUAUUUUACAAAUUAUAUGAUAAUUAUUGUACAUUUUAACUUGAAUACAGAUUCUAUUCAUGUAAAAUAGAAAAACGAAUCAUUGGAGCAAGGUUUAUGUGGUCCUAUAUAUUGUCUAGCGUUACGAGUAAUUAUUAAUGAUUAUAAAAUACGUCUAUAUAUUAAUUAUAAAUAUAUGUAUAAGAUCGAUAUUGUCUUAUAAUUGUUAAUUCUAAAUGAAAAAUAUUUAAUGUACGUUAAUCAUAGUUAUUAUUACAUCGAUCAUAAUUAUUUUUCACUUAUAGUAAAUAUUAUUGUUUAGGUAUUAGUCAGAAAUUUUCAGUGCUGUGAAGGGCGUCUUUUUGUGACGCACCUGUGGUACCUAAGCCAUCGGUUUUAUUACUGACAAACGGUGAAUUUUGAGGGUUAAUCGUUACAAAAAAUGCAGGAGAUUCAAGGAAAACUUUGUAUCAAAUGAUAAAUUGCGCCAAUCCUCUCAGACUGGAUACUGAAUCAGAAUAAGAGUAAAUCUAUUUGCAUGAAACUACUUAUUUCGUGCUUUAUUCUGAGCGUUAUAUGCUCGGUUAACUGUCAAAAAAAAAACGAACUGUUGUACCCAAAAGGAUGAUUAAUUAUUGAAUUUUAUUCAAAAUUGUACGGGUUUUGAAACCUGAAAACCAAAUCUUGUCUGAAAGGAUUGAACCAGUCGCUGGUUAUAAAGGAAGCUCACACUUAUAAGUUACUUCAUAUUUGUACAGAUAGUAAGGAUUUUGAAUGCGCUAAUGUACCAAUUUAUUUCAAUUUAUAAAGUCAACGUACCUGAAAAUGUAAUGUAAAUGUAUAAAAGAAAAAAACACUAUUUUAUUAUAUCCACUUUACCAGCACAUUUUACAAUGUUGUAUUUAAUGAACUACUAGUGUAUGUCUGGAAGAAGUUGUAAGAAAAAAAGAUAGAUAACGCAUAGAUUGAAGUAUUUAUGAACGAAUAUUAUUACUUAAAAGCGUGUGCUUCCUUGCGUAAUUAUGAUAAAAUUGCUAUUUAACAAAUGAUCGAAAAAAUAGUUUCAAAAGUUUUACAGAUACGAUUUACAAUGCAUAAGUUGCUUGUAAUUUGAAAUUUAGUAGUUGCUCAAUCGAUCACUUUUAUUUAAAUAAUCACGUUACAUAUCGGAAUUGGCCUGGUUACCAAAGUUUGCAUCAUUUAAAUUGUAACACGACACAAGCGAGAUAGCCUUUCCGUUAACGUAUUAAAUUUAUUUUUUGUAUUUUUACAUUUUUAGGUACAGCAUAUCAGUAAAUGAAAAAAAUUAAGCCCAACCGAACGGCUUUUUAUCUUGGUUAUAUGUUACCUGUUUUCUAAGUUCGUUUCAUUUUCAAGAAAACGAUGUAUCCCACCAAUUUUACUACACAAUUAUCAUUGUCAUAACGUGUCAAUGUAAUGUUACUCCGAUCGUGAUUCAUUUUUAAGCCGUUCACUAACUCUCUCGAAUCACUUGUCGUUGAUCGUUUCAAUAACUUCGUCAUUUUCAAAAAAAAAACAAAAAAUAAUGAGUUGCAUCAUUUGCAAUUAGAUUUUUCUUGUGAGUACUAACACACAUUGUUCGAUUUGACAGUUCUUAUUAUUUUUACGAUUAUUCUUUUCUAAAACAAAAAAAAAAUACAAAAUAUUCAAACAUGUUUUAUGUUUAUGUCAUGUAGCCCAAAACAGAAAAAAAAUUCAUCGUCUCUGUAUAUGCCCAUCAUGUUCAAUCAUUCGUUGAAUUCCGUUAAUGAAUAUGUUUAUUAACAAUAAUUAUAACUAGUGAAUAAUGUAAUUACCGUGUUAUGUACAUUAUGUUUGAUAUUAAUGUACAGUUACCAAAUUAAUUAUUCGAAGAAAAAAAUAUAAAUGUCACAUUCGUUUCCUUGAUCGGCAAAUAUAAUUGUAAAAAAGUUUAGGGGCCCGCAUUGAAAAGAACCAAGGUUGAGUGGUAUGAUGAAAAUAAUAUGGCGAAAAAUGACACUGUAUAACUUAAACGUUGUUGACACUGCCAUUUAGAUGCUGGCAAUUGUAAAUUAUGUAGAAAGAGAAACUUAAUGAAUGUAAAUAUAUCUUUAUUAUUAACAUGAA